AUGGACUGGGAGGCGAAGGGAGACGUACCUCGGGAAGAAGCGUUACGCUAUGCUCAGUCGGGGAUCCCCUUUAAUGAUGUUCCUGAUGCCUAUCGGCCCUCAUACAUCCCCAAAUUAGCCGGUAUACCCUAUGAGAGGAUUGGCGUAUUUCAUCUUCUGGUAUCAAUGGAUGAGCUGGCCCGCGUAGAAGGCAGUGUUACUAUCGCGCUCGGUGGUGCAUCGGUGAUUGGGGUUCCCCAGUCAUUCACUAUGGGACAGAGGAGCAAAAAGCUAAAUGGCCUCCAGGGCUCUUCUCUGGCCGACCAGCUUCUGUUUGAGGGUGACAGAGCCCAACGGGGGCUCGGAUAUGGCCAACAUCAAGACGACGGCAAAGAAAUCUGCUGA